GACUAAUAAGGGUACAGUAUUUGCAAUAUGUGGCUUUGGGUAGGUUUAUAUUUGAUAGUGGCAGUUGUGACAGCUCAGAACGACGUCAAUUUUACUCCAGGAAACAAAUUGCAAAACAAUAUCAAAUGUGAAGAUGUGUUACUUAAACUCUGGACGAUAUUUGCUGACCAGUUAGAAAACAAUGGUUUUAAUGUAAAAGUUCCUAGUCGAAAUGAUAUUCUAUACGCCUUAACUUUGAUCAAGAAAUCUAUCUUAGAAGGUGGUGGAGAUGUUGCUCUUAAAGAAAAAGUGUUUUUGCGUGAAGCAGAACUAGCGAAAUACAAAGGAGUUUACUUAGUUGAUCAUCGGCCUUUACAAACUUUGAUCGAUCAAAAAACGACUACGUAUGAGAAAGCAAAUUUUGGUGGUCCACCAUCGCAGUAUAAUCUUAACAGUCCUGUGUAUUCCAAUCAGUUGAUAGGGUUUAAUUUUGGGAAAGAUUUCACUAGAAAUCGUGAUGAAAAAGUUCCUUCUACGAUCAAUCAAGUACCUGGCGUAAAUUCGAUUGAUUCCAGUAAAUUACAUCACGCAGUUAAACUCUCGAAAGAGACAAACCAUCUUCUUGGGAGCGAUUAUACAUCUGAUUUAGAGCAUGCUAAGGGGUUGCUGAUAAAAUGAACAAGUUGUAUCAAUCAAGCAACGAGUACAAAUAUAAUUUGAAUUCGCAGCGACCACUUCGUAAUUCAAAUUAUGUAGCUGCCAGCGUGGAAGUAAUGGAUAAUCCAUGGGAUACUUCUUCAAAUUCUAAGCCUGCUGUCGUGCAAACUAGUUAUGUGUCACAAAGCCACAUACAUACGAAUAGCAACAAUAAUCAGAAUCAGGAUUCAAGUCAACCGAAUGUGUACAUGUACAAUCUACCAGCGCAAGAAACGAAUAAUAACGCUUUAAAUCCAUCAUUAACAUUAAUCACGAAUAAUGCGCAAUCUAACGCAAAUGCAUUUAAAAACACUAUUCUGAAACCAGAAUAUACAAAUCAAUUUAACACAUUUGUCAACGCUAAAUACCACCCUAACCCUGAUCAUUUUGGUGAAGCCACGAAGGAGGUAUUACCAAGUAAACCCUCUGUAACUAACAACGCAUAUGCCCAAGCAACUAGCAACCAGAAGAUAAUAUUUAACAUGCAUAAAAAUCCUUUCAAUCAAAAUAAAGAAGUCGGACAAACGUUGCAAUAUACUCCUCAAAACGAUCAAAUGUCCAACUUAAAUGCAAUAAAAACUAAUAUAAAUCAACCACCCUUUAUACUAAAUAACCGUUUAAAUAACAAUCCAAAUUAUUUAACAAACCCUAAUACCUGGAACCAGCCUCAAACAAAAGCAUUACCACCCUACAUUUAUAAUUUACUAUAUCCUAAUAAAUUUAACCCAACAGCUUCUGCACUAAGACCAAAUAAUGCAAUAUAUAAUCAAUUUUAUCCACAAGGCGUGAAUACACAGAACAGCAUCAACAACAUGCCAUUCGGGCAAAGAAUCAUCAACGGCUUUCCACGUCCUCAAACUGACCAAGGUGUCGCAGUUAAUAGACCUUCGCUGCCCUACACGGGAUAUUUUAAUAAUAAUGGACCAUUCACACAAAAAUUAAAUUACUACAACGAUGAAAUGGUUAUCGAUAAGCUAGCAAAUUGGAUUAGUGGAACGAAUCCCGUGAAAUUGAAUUCAAACAUCGAUACUGAGGAGGCCGAGAUAGAACUGACGUACAGAGUGAAUAAGCCACCCCCUUUGUACCAACCAGCGGUGUUCUACGUCAAAUUCCGAAUGCCGUACAACCAAUUUGCUCAACACUUAGCAGAUUUUUUAAGGAUAAAGGAAAACUCAAGGUCACUUUCAACAAACUCUGAUUUGUACAAUGAUUUAGCGGCACAAUAUAAUGCUACAGUAAUACAAACAGACAUGGCCGACGCUCCUGAAGACAUAAAAAGUCCGGAAGGAAAGUUUUUAGUCAGAGCAAGAUAUAUCCAACCGAAUGAAUCAGGAAAUGCUAAUCCAAAUUCGGUAGACAUUAUUAAUUUGGACAAAGAAGCAGAACCGAACAAGGAAAAUGUACAGGGUCGUGCAAGAAAUGUAGAAAGUAAUAAUGACCGAAUGCAAUUAGAAGAUGUAUAAUGUAACAAAACGCGCAAAAUAAAAAAAAAUGGCACGAUUGGGUGAAUUAAGAAUCUUCAAGACACCUUGUUUAUGUAUAUUUGAUUAAUAUACUUUGAAGAUGAUAUUCUUCGCAAUACUUUGUAUUUGUACUAUUUAUUGUGUUUUAUUAUUAAAAUACACAAAUUAA